AUGGAACCCUUCUUCGACGACGAGCUCUAUGAGGAUGAUGCAUGGGAAGAGCAGUCGUUCUUGUGGGAUGAUCCCCAGGAUUUCGAUGAGGAGCAGCUGGAGCCUGAGAACGAGAGCGGGACGCCGCUUGGAAGCGCUGGACCACGAGAAGACGAUGAUGAGUCGGACAGUUCGUUGAGCGUCACGACACCACCUUCUCUUUGGCUAUGCCUUCGCUGCGGGAGCUCUCGGUGGGAGCUAGUGGAUGGCGUCUACUUCUGCCGUCAAUGCAGGA